GUAACAACCACAAAAAUUCUAUCUUUUUCAUCGAUCAUAUUGUUGGUAACUUUAUUAUUUAGCAAUAUUAUGCAUCAUAUUUACGACCAUGAUAGUGCAAACGACUUGUUCUGCAUAAGUGAAACCUGUGAUAAUUAUAGUGAAAAUGUACUGAAAUUAAUGAAUAAAUCAGUUGAUCCAUGUGACAACUUUUUUCAAUAUGCAUGCGGAACAAUGAUUCGGAAUGUUUCUGAUACUGGUUAUAUAAGGGAUAUGGUUAUUAAAGUUCGUAAAGAGGUCGGAUAUGUCUUAGAAAAAGGAUGGGAUCAAGACAAAAACAAGGCAAAUAGAAAAUUUGUUAAAUCUAAGUCGUUAGCUGCGGAAUGGGCUAUUCGAAUCUAUCAACAAUGCUCACAUAUAGGAGAUAUAUCAAACCCAAUUGAUAUUUUGAAACCAAUCAAUAAACUAUGGAACAGUCUACCUAUUGCAACAAAAUUAUCAUGGCCAUUAGAAUCGAAUAAGAACUCCAUAAAUUUAAAUUGGCUAGAUUUUUAUGCACACUAUUCAAAUGCUUUUGGUUAUGAGCCAAUAUUCAGAGUUGGGUAUAAUUUGAUGAAUAACCUUUAUAUUCAGAUUGAUUUUUGCUUUAUUGAGGCCGAAAAAUUUGAUUGUCAAGUUUUGUUAAAAUUUAUGAUGCUAAACAAAACAAACGAAAAGAGUAAAGAAUACGAAAAAAUUUGCAAUGAAGUGAUCGAUUUUAUUGACAAGGUAGCUAAUUUUGAGCAAAAAAUUGGAUCUGACAAAAAUUUGUAUGAUCUGAAAACUAUUGAAUCUGAUACUGGGUUGAAUUGGGAAAGUUUUUUUCAAAUAACACUUAACUAUGGAAAAUCAUUUAGGAAAGAGAAAAACCCUUCGAUUAUCUAUGAUAAUAAACUUAUUAUUGUUGAAGAUGCCCUUCUUGAUGCUCUCAAAGUCAUUGAAAACACUCCCAAACAUAUUGUUUUUAAUUAUUUUUGGCUGAAAACAAUGACAUAUUUUCUUAGCAAUAUAAUGUCGAUUCCAGUUUUCGGAUUUUGUCCUGAUAGUUUCUUUUCUGAUCGAUUCCCAUUAAGCUUUGCAAUUGCACGCUUAUAUGUCGAUUAUACAAUGAAACCUGGCUCGAAAUUGAAAGCUAUUCAUAUGGUCAACCAGUUGAAACAAUCGGCUAUUGAAUCGAUAAAACAGAAUACAUUAUUUGAUGAUGAAACACGCGAAAAAGCUAUUGAAAAACUUCGGAGCAUAAUUGAUUUU